UAUGCUUAUCUACCAGUGGGAGCUGGCCAGGCUGUGUCUGACCAUGAAUGUCAUAGUGUCGUUUCGUUUCUGGAGGAAGCUAAUUAUUUUUGAUUUACUUCCUUAGAAGCACUGGCAUGAUCCCCGCGACGCGAGACAGCAGUCACGUGCGCAUCCAUGUGUUAUGUUGUCACUCCUAUAAAAGACGCGUCCACAUCCACACUGGGCAGUGCACUUGCCCUCCGUUUCCCUCUGCCACGCGUUGGCUAUUUCCCCAUACCAUCGCUGUCGGAUUCCACUAUGGAUGACAUCGAUGCGUUUUUUGCUGAGCAAGAACAGCAUAUGAACAUUCCCAACGAGGACGUGGAUGAAUACAUCCGUGCACGAUUGGAAGAUUUCCAUAGGAACAGAGAUCAUGUUAUCGAUCACGUUAUUCACGCACAAGGUCACCCACGCAAAGUUGAUACAUCGUGGCAUAGUUCCGGACCAUUUCUCCCUUCUGCUAUAGAAGCGGCGACCUCGGAACUGCAGAAAUCUGACGAAGAAGUGCCCAGGCAACUAAAGCGCAAAUCUACAGAACCCGAACCUCCAGCCCAGGCGAAGAAGCCAAGGCUACGAAAUGUGACCACGUCAGGACCCGUUCUACCCGCUGUUUUCUCACGCAGUGACAAUGCCGAACGUACUCCAAAGUAUGUUGACCCUUAUAUUCAUUUCCAAUUAGUUUGAUUGUCGCCUCAACUAACAAAUCCGGAAACAGCGCUAUAGCUUCAACCCACUUACGGUCGAGCAAAGGCGUCAAGCCAACUCCGCAACUUGCGGCUCACAGAAAGGGGGAUACUCCAUUUGACACCACAUCGUCUACUCCUGGUCGGCAAACUGACCGUGGGC